AACCGUAAACUCACAAUCACUCUUGUUUCCAUAUCUAAGCUAUCUUCAUGGAGAAAACUUGGUUCCUCUAUUUAACUGCAGUGUCCUUGGUACAAUGUUUCUUAGUCUGCCUGGCUAUGAAUGGUCCCAAUUCCACCACUGAUCAAUCUGCUCUUUUAGCCUUCAAAUCCCAUAUCUCUUUAGACCAUCCUUACCACAGGUUGGUAAAUAACUGGUCCUCAGCCACCUCAGUCUGCGACUGGAUUGGUGUCUCUUGCAGCAAGCGCCACCGCAGAGUGACAGCCUUGAAUCUCCCUGACAUGGGUAUUGGAGGCACCAUCCCACCCCACAUAGGAAACCUCUCAUUUCUAUCAUACUUCAACAUUACGAACAACACUUUCCAUGAUCAUCUUCCCAGUGAGAUGGCUAGAUUGCAUCGCCUAAAAUUUGUUGACUUUGGAAUUAACAAUUUCGGCGGGGGUGUUCCGGCAUGGUUUGGAAACUUACCCGAACUUCAGUACUUGCAUCUCAGAAACAACAGUUUCACGGGUUUGGUUCCAGCUUCCAUUGGCAACAUAUCAACAUUAGAGUCUCUCGAUUUAAGGUACAAUUUUAUGGAGGGAAGAGUUCCUGAAGAGAUCGGUUAUCUUCCUAAACUAAAGAAAUUAUUCAUGGGAUUUAAUCAUUUUUCGGGAUCUAUACCAACCAUCUUCAACAUCUCAUCACUUGAAUUGAUCGAUUUCUCAUCUAAUAUGCUGUCUGGAAUUCUUCCGAAGGAUUUGUGUAUUUUUGUUCCGAAAUUGAAAUUUAUCUAUCUUUCUUGGAAUGAGAUUGAUGGCCAAAUUCCAUUAACUCUGGGUGAAUGCAGAGAGCUACAAAUCAUAUCAUUAUCUCUUAACAAAUUCAGUGGUUUCGUUCCAAAGGCAAUUGGGAAUUUGACUUUGCUUCAAAGAUUAUAUUUUGGUGGUAACGACUUUAAAGGU